AUGAACAACCUCAUGGAGGACCACCCGUGUGGGCUCUUCUGCUACUUCCACCCGAGGGAGGCGGUGAUCGGCGUCUGCGCCGCCUGCUUGAAGGAGAAGCUCAUCGUUCUGGCCUCCAAGCAGGGCCGGCUGUCGCCGGCGGGUAAGGGCCAGGGGGCCUUCAGCCGAAUCCCCAGCUUGAAGCCUUCUGUCGCCAUGCCGAAGGUCUUCGCCUUGGGUUCCUCCCUCCUCCACCGCCUCGAGUCCCGGCACCAAAAGCCCGGCGAGGACUCCGACGGCGAUUCCAUCGCCAGCGCCGACGGUAACGUCUGCUAGCAGAACCAAGGGGCGGAGAAAUACACUCAUUUUUUCUCCAUUCAUUCCCAUUCUCCGUCUAGGCGAUUGGAGGGUUCCUCCGGUGGAGAAAUCAUCGAGAGAUGAUAUAGGCUAUUCUGGGUUUGGUGAAUUCAGGACGCGUUCGGGUGAUAUAUUAUGGGAUUAUCGAUCUGUUUAGGAUGAUGUUCAUCGCUGGUUUAUAUUCCACUGGGGAUAGAAUAUGAUAGAUCCGCCGGAUGGUCGGAAGAGAGGGUGUAACAUUUGUGGGACUCUCCAUGCAGACUCGUUCAUAUCCAUCAAGUUCGAAGACAACGGGCAGGUCUCCUGGGACAAGAUGGCGGCGGCCGGCGAGCGAUGGGGUGGACAGGCCGUGCCGGCGGGGGGAGCCGACGUAUCACGGGGCGCCGUCCGGUGGAGGAAGCGGGUGCGGCGGCUGCUUCAUCUCGUGCGGUGGAAGCGGCCGGCCAAGGCGGGCGGCGGCGCGUGCCACCGCGCAGGCCGGGCCGGCAGAGUGGGCAGCGUUGAGAGGAUGGGCUGGAUACGGAGCCUGACGAGGAGGACUACGACAGAAUAA